AUGAUGGAAGUCCCGAAGGAGGACGACGAGCCGCAUGGUCGAAGAAGCAUUGACGUUGCGAACCAUCGGUUCCCGUUCUGCAUCGUGUGGUCUCCCUUGCCCGUGAUCACGUGGCUCAUCCCAUUCAUCGGACACAUGGGAAUUGCCGACUCCAACGGAGUCAUCUACGACUUUGCGGGACCAUACUCCAUCGGCGAAGACAAUUUCGCCUUUGGUCAGCCCACGCGGUACCUCCAACUGAGUCUCCCGGCUUCAAUCAGCGAAGAUGCUUGGGACGAAGGGGUGCGAAAGGGAUGCGACGUGUACAAGAAGCGCAUGCACAACCUCUGCUGCGACAACUGCCACUCGCAUGUCGCGCGAUGCUUGAACUCGAUGGCGUACCCGUGUGUGUGGGGCCAGUACUGGAACAUGAUCGUGCUGUGUUUCUACUGCUUGUUUUUCGGCAAGUUUGUCAACCUCCAGGGAUUCCUGCUGACGUGGGGACCGUUCGUCGUCAUUAUGGCCAUCGUGUUGCUAAGUGUCCUUGUCCAUUAAGGCAGUCGUAAUUCAUCAUGUUCAUGCUUAUCUCUGCG